AUGCAGACCAAGGAUCCUGUUGUUUGUGGCAUCACUUCUCUUGGUAUGGAUCACAUGGAAUCAUUAGGAUAUGCACUUGGGGAAAUUGCUACUCAAAAAGCUGGAAUUCUCAAGCCUCAAGUCCCAGCAUUCUCUGUACCACAGCUCUCAGAGGCAAUGGAUGUUCUCCAUGAGAAGGCGAACAAACUGAUGGUUCCUCCCCUUGAAAAUGAAAAGAUCAAUGGGAUAAAGCUGAGUUUGGUAGGUGACACCAGUACACCAAUGCUGCACUUGCGGUCUCUCCUUGUAAAAGUUGGCUUUGAACUUACAAAUGUUUUGUGGUGGUCACUAAUAGCUUCUCAAACAGGACAAGCGAAUAGAUGGUUCACCGGAGCCAUUCCUAAGGGUUUUUCAACUGCACGCCUCUCUGGAAGAGCACAGGUGGUUUUUGACUGCUCCAGCUCCUCAAAUCUGUCCAUGACCAAUGGAGAGACUUCUGGAGAUUUGAUCUUCUAUUUGGAUGGAGCUCAUAGUCCUGAGAGCAUGGAAGCCUGCGGUAGAUGGUUUUCCAGUGUUAUAAAUGACGUCAAAGAUCAAGCAUUUCCACAUUCUUGCUCGGAGCCUGGAACUGGGAAAACAAUAUUGGAAAACAGUUUCAGGAAUAAUGGAAACCAAACGACCGACAAGAUAUCAAAGCAGGAUUCAGAUGUAGAUGUGGUUGAUGCAUUUUCAAAGAAAGGUCCUUCACAUGGAAAAAAGGAACCGCAGACUCCUGCAGCUCAGCCUCAAGCAUGA